CAACCGCUUCAACUCGGAACGACAACUCGAAAGAGUCAAAGAACGGAACGCAGAGCAGCCGAGUCGCAUACACGUCUGCCGUCCGUCCCCGUCCGGACCCAAGCUGCCAAAUUUGCCAAAUCAUCCGUCCCCCCAAUUCCUUUCCCCUCCCCCUCCCCGCGAACAAGGCUCGACGACCAUGGCCGCCUCCUCCCCCUGACCCCGCCCACCGCGGCCUCAAUCAAUCCAUGAGACUUCCGGCGUCAAAAUCCGAUCUUGCCGCCGCCCGAGGAUGUCCCGGCGCGACGUAUUCUACAGCUGUGGAUCUUGUGGAUACCCUCUAAACCUUUCAUCUUCUAACCGAAGCACAUCUGAAGUAGACGAGAUAUCUUGCUUUCCCCUCACCUGGCGUAGCUACCGGCCAAAAACUAAGCUUCUUUGCCGAAAAUGCGGAGCUUCUAUUGGGUAUGCAUAUGGUGAGCCAGCUGUUUUGUGUAGCUUCGAUCCACCAAGUUCAUCCUCCUCCGGAGCAUCUCAGAAGUAUUUAAUAAAGAUUCAAGCUCUCCAACCUUCAGACGGAACCCAGUAGUCUGUCAAUUUCAGUCAAAAUUUCGAAAAAGGAGACAAUGGAUGGCAGCUUACAAAACUACAUCAAUUACCCAUCUGAUGAUUGCUUGCUUUCUAUAUUUAACAAGCUUGAAAAUGAGUCGGACAGGAAUGCUUUUGGUUUAACUUGUAAGAAUUGGUUCAAGGUUCGAAACAUUGGUCGGAAAUCACUAACAUUCCAUUGUUCUUUUAACCCAACAGUAGAUAAGGAGCAUGCCAAGUGCAUCCCAAAGAUAUUGGCUUGCUCUCCUCAUCUUAACAGGAUAUCCCUUGCUGGGCUCACAGAGCUACCUGACUCAGCUUUGUACACUCUGGGAAUGUCUGGAUCGUCUCUGCAAUCCCUUUCAUUGUACUGCUGUUCUGGUAUAACGGAUGAUGGUCUAGCACAGGUGGCGAUUGGAUGCCCAAAUUUGGUGAUUGUUGAACUUCAAAGCUGCUUUAAUAUUACAGAUCAUGGUUUGGAAAGUCUUUCAAAGGGCUGUCAUGCUUUGAAGAGUCUAAACCUUGGUUCUUGCAUGGCCAUUUCAGAUCGAGGGAUUUCUGCUGUCUUUAGCAAUUGCUCAAACAUUUGCACACUAAUCAUAUCUGGGUGCAGACGUUUGUCUGGUGUUGGAUUCAGAGGGUGUCCAAGUACACUUUGUUAUCUAGAAGCUGAGUCUUGCAUGAUUUCUCCAGAUGGCUUGUUGGAUGUAGUGAGCGGUGGUGGACUUGAGUACCUGAAUUUGCACAAGUUAGGAAGCUCAGCUGGGCUGGAUGGCCUUGGUAGGCUUGCUUUUGCCAAAAGACUCUGCUUUCUGAAUCUCAGGAUGUGUCGCUAUCUUACAGAUGAUUCCGUGGCUGCAAUAGCUAGCGGGUGCCCAUUGAUUGAGGAGUGGAACCUUGCUGUCUGCCAUGGGGUCCGUUUACCUGGUUGGUCUGCAAUUGGAUUGUACUGCAAUAAGAUGAGAGUUCUGCAUGUCAAUCGUUGCCGAAACAUUUGUGACCAAGGUUUGCUGGCCCUCCGCAAUGGCUGUGUGCACCUUGAAGUUCUGCAUGUAAAUGGCUGUGUCAAAAUUACUAAUACUGGCCUGGCAUUAUUCAACAUUGCCAGGCCCAAUGUGAAUCUAAGGGCGGAUGAAGUUAUGUCCAUUGGCCCUUCCAUUGAGAAUUUGUUCCGGUUGCAAUGAUCAGAGUGUAAGCAGAUCCCUCAGUUUGGGCUUACAAGAUUUAGCCCUUCUCCUUACAAGUGAUUGGUUCUUUGGCCAUUAUGCUGUCCAUUGUAUUUGCUUCAUUGCAUACUUAUUUCAUCAUUGUAAAAUAUCAUAGGAUGCUGCAGAGAGAACCAUAAAUAUACAAAUGAGUUGAACUUA